ACAUGGUCAAAUCACACGCAGAGUUAUUCGAGCCUUUGUUUUGCUUUCAUCCAAAAGAGAUCACAGGUGAAGAAAUGAUACGUUUGUUCAAAAUGAACUACAGUUUGGUGGGGUCCAAUGACAGGGCCCUUGAAGAUGUUUCAGUAUUAGGCUGGGAGGCGUUUCUACAGUCUAUUGAAGAUGGUGACAUUGAUGUAACAUUAUCAGAAGUUAUUGCCUUUGUGACGGGGGCUGACUGUUUCCCACCUUGUGGAUUUUCGAAGUUGAUAGAUGUGGACUUCUACACUUGUGAAGGCAGACUUCCAUCAGCUUCCACUUGUGCUAUCCAGCUGUGGUUACCAAGAGUCAAUAACCCUGAUAUGAUUUCCAAACUUAUGUACAGGGCUUUAAAGGAAUCAUAUGGUUUUAUGAAAAUUUAGGUUAUAUGGUUUAGUUUGGUGGAUGUACAUUAUUGUGUUGUAAAGGAAGUAACAUGUAGGCAGAAAAAUAGUUAAUGGCUUUUCUGACUGUUCAAAAUAAGUGGUUUUUAUCAGA